AUGAAUGAUUUGAGUUUGAGCGAGGCCGGAAAAAAAAUAAAAAAUCGUUUUUUGACUGAAAUCACCGCUCAGAAAACAAAAAUAUCACAACAGAUUGCUGCCCUCGGUUCUAAUUUACCCGACCAAAUACGAGUUGCCGCCCAAGCGAAAUAUGGUCCCGACCAAAACAAAAAUUUAACUGCCGAGCAAGCCCAAAUUUUCACUACUCAUGCCUCCCAAAUUACCAGUCCGGAACUGCUGAACCAAAUUAAAGAAUUGCUUAAUUUACUAGUGGAAGCCGAAAAAAUUAAACCAAAUGACCGCCCCGCGGUUAUCAAUCUAUCUCUUACCAACUUAAAAAAAUCAUACCAGAACGGCACCGGAGACAAAAAAUUGGCUUACGCCACGGUUAAUAAAGUGGAUAAUCGAACUGAAUUAAAAAAUAAAUGGAAUAAUCAGGUAGUGGCUCGGAAAGUUUUUGAGGCUUCCGUUUUGGAUAGUAUUCCGGCUUUGGAGGAAGCCGAAAAAUUACUAGUUAAAGUUCAAACCGCCCAAGCCCAAAAAGAAGUUGACUCUUCUUUGCUAACCGAGUUAGAAAAUUAUUCCUCCGCUCCGCGGGGAGAAAUUAAAAAUAAGGCUUAUCAAGCGGUUAAUGGUGAUAAAAAGCGAGUUCAAAAGGCGUUAGAACAUUUGCGAGAAAUAUCCCAAAAACGAAUAAAAAUAGUGGAAGGAUUACAAAAUGCCCGAAACCAAACGGAAUUGGAUACUGCUUAUCAGACCAUAAAAAAUUCUGAUUUUUAUCAGAGUGAAAAAAAUCGCCAGUUAACCGAUAAAAUUCACACUCGCAAAAAAGUUUGUUUAGAAAUUGCCUCCGACAAUUCUAUUUCUGCUCCGCUCAACCAAUUUCUUCAAAAUAACCUUAUCAAAAUAAUUCCGGAAUCAAUUCAGAACACUGCCAAUGAAGCCGAAUUAACCCGCUUGGAAAGUGAACUAAAAGGAUUUUUGAAGGCCGGAAAAGGAGAGGAAAAAGAGCAAAUUUACCAAAAAUAUCAAGGCGUUAUAAAUGAUAUUUUGACCGAAAUUAGUCAAGAAAAACAACGAUGA